CAAGCCCCGCCCCACAGCUGGUGAAACGCCGGGAGCCUGUGACUGCUGGCUGGCUGGGCCCCGGUGGCCCUGAGAUGGUUUUGCGCAUGCGCAGUUGCGGCACAUGUGGCAAAGCCAGGCACUGUGGUUGGCGCCAGGCGUCGGAUGGGAUGUGUCUUAUAUCGUGUGAGUGUUAUUUUCGGUGGUGUUGUAAAGAAGAAACUGGGGAUCCGAUGAGGGAAUGAAUUCCCAGGUGGAUGUCGUAAAGGCCGAGCCACCUGUUGUACCUGCAUCUCCGAGACCGAGCGAGCCCGUGCUGGUCGCGUUCUUCAGCGAGUGUAACGUGUGCCAGGAGCGGUUCGCCUUGCACGAGGACCUGGUGCGGCACAUGACCUGUCACUUGGUGACGCACCCCGUCGCCUGCCGCCGCUGCCCAGUGCGCUGCGCCACCUCGGCCCAGCUCUCCGACCACAUCAAACAGCACCACGUGACUCUCAAGAGACGCAGGAAACCCGCCCCGGCCAAGUUUGACCGCCGGCUGCGCUGCACCGCGUGCGGCAUCGACAGCUUCCCCAGCUUCAGCUACUUCCACGACCACCACCUGUACCACCAUCUGGCGCGGCGGCCGGAGCCGCAGGUCAUUCUGGAGCGUCCUCCAAUCGGUGCGGCGGCUGGCGCCGCCCUCAAACUCACCCUGCGCCGCAGCAGCCAGGAAGCAGAACGGCCUGCCGCACCAGUUUCGAGACGGAGGCACCGCCAGCCACGGACGGGCCCUGUCAACAGCAGCUCUCAUACCCUCCCAACGCUGCAGCUGCUGCACUGGGGCCAUGUGAUCCCGUCGGACGGCUGCUCCUCGACCGGCUCCGACUCGGGCAUGGACUCCUCGGAGACCGCGGCGCCGCCCAGCAGCGGCACCGUCUCGUGCUUCGUGUGCAACGUGCCGCUGCCGGACGUGCGCUCGCUGCAGGAGCAUCUGCUGACGCACCAGAGCUCGCUGCAGUGCAGCAUGUGCCCCUUCAAGGCGAACUCCGUCAGCGACUUGAAGGCGCACAGCGUCACGUUCCACGGCAAGAUGCAGACGGGCGCGAUCGGCCGUCCGCCCAACAGUGACAUGUCCGGCCACAUGACCAGCCUGCGGCCCAUGGGCGGCCAGCCGGGCCCGAAGCGGCCGAUGCCGGGUCUGGUCGGCCACGACCCGAGCAAGCGGCCGCGACCCGGCAUUCCCAUCCAGCCGGACAAGUCUGACUGCCAGGUGAUCGCCGUGCAGCGGCGCCAGCAGGGCGUGCCCGUGAUCCAGAACGUGGAGGGCAGCGCGUACGCGUCCGGCGCCGGCGGCUCGACCAUCCGUCUCAGCGACUCCAUCACGCUGAGCGUGCAGGGCGCGCAGCACGAGAAGGCGCACCUGGGCGGGCCCAGCCAGAACCUGCGCUGCCGCGUGUGCGGCAUCGUCAUGCAGAACCUGGCGCUGCUGCAGCAGCACAUGCAGACGCGGCAUGGCUCCGCGCUGCCGCCGCCGGCCCAGGUCAGCCGCGAGCAGCUGGAGGGGCUGGGCGUGCGCGGCUUCCUGCCGGUGUCGCAGGUUAACCAGCGCCAGGGCCAGCUGGGGCUGCCCAUCAUCAGCCUGCAAGGACUGGGCAAGACGGGGCCCAGCCCGCGGCCCGUGGCCUUCUUUAACCUGGGACCGGUGCGGCCGCUGCGGUAG